GACUCAUUCUGUGCUUUAAUUUAAAACGGAUUUCUAUGGAUUGCAAUGGUUUUACAGUCAUAGUCACUAGCAACGUCUUUUCCUAGUCUGUUUUUUUACUCAAGCACGUGAAGAGUUUGCGUACAUGUGUACGCUCAUCUUAAAAUAAACUGCUUAUAAUUGAAAUUCCUAUAUGAGCGGAGCAGCGUAUAGUACGAUGAAUGACCUUCUCCGGUUUAGUCACCAGGGGGCGCCAUUCAACCAGUCUACCUCAACCUCCCCCUCGACCCGGCUUCAAGGCUUUCUGAAGAGAUUUCACUUAGAUUUAUCAAGUAUAUAUUCAGAAACGUGGCUGAUAAAGAGGGCCGGUAAGAAAAUAUCGCUUAAAUAAGUCGAGGUCUGUUUUUAGCGGCGGACUGACACGACAAAACGAUUUCACAGAGGAGCGAAACGCCGAAGGAGCAACUGGGCACAGUGUGAAUAAAACCCAACCGAGGCGUUUGAAGACGCGUUUAUUAAGAACUCGCUUAAACGUCCAAUUAUUCAGCAGUUCUGCGUCGAUACUGUCCCGUUUUUCCCCAACCCGUGCUGCACGCCAACGCGGAGCCGUUUUUUCGGGCUCCUCUCCUGAGACAAAGAGCACCUGCGUUCACUCCGGCGUUCGCUCUUAAACGCGUUCCCGCUUAAAUCCGAUAAAUUAACAGCAGCGUUGCGAUUUCAAAGGUGUAAAGAAAUGUAAACGCGCCGCUCUUAGCCAGUCCGUUUCAGCAGAAGUCAGUCAGGUGUGCGAGGCUGGGUUUGAGAUCAGCACCACCCGGCAUCAAACAGCACCCCGUUCACGCGUUUUUAAGGCUGAGGCGAAGAUGAUUCGUCGAUUAAUUAAAGCGUUGCAUUAAAAUCAAAAAACACGAGGAGAGAAGAAAUGCAUAGAUACUAUUACGAACGCCGUUCGUUGUUUGAAUCUCAUUCGAGCCGGCUUUUGGUUUCCAGCGAUUGCCUGCUCGACCUCUCAAUUAAUUAUUUUUUUUUAAUUCUAACUAUUAAUUAAUAUUCACGCGCCUCGCAUCUCUCUCCACUGCAACAACUUCACUUCAGCAGACGUCCCAAUUGUUCUAACGACAAACAUGGCUGCUAUCAUAUGCCACGCCCACCAAUUCAAUAAUUCUUAAAAUACUGCAAAAAAUGGGACCCACGGGACGCUAUAUUAAUUUUUUUUGAUAAGGCUACCCAUUGCUGAAGACCUCCACAGUGUGCCACGGCUCGCAAAAGCCCUUUUGUGCCUUGUGUCUCACUGCAAAGUAGAAAUAGUGCUUCUGAGGGAGACUCCAAUCAUCAACACCAAAAGGGUGAUAAAAUGUUAGAAAUAUAUAUUUGGUUGAUGUCAAAAUGCGAAAUAACACGACAUUCCAUUAAAAGAGAUGCUGUUAUAUGCACUGUAAUAGCGAAUUUCACUCAGAAAUAAGUCUUUUUACGAAGCUUUUGAAUAUUCAAAUUGAAAGUAUCGCGCAAUCAAAUCAUUGUCAAAUCAUUGAGUUCUUGGGGUUUUAAAUAGUAGGGAUGAGGGGAGAAAAACUCAAACUAAAAUAUCCCUAGCUAUAUUACUGUAUAAUUGUAUGUCCUGAGAGUGUUUUGAGGUGACUUUGUCGAGACUUUUUGAGACUUUUGUGAAUAAUUCGUUCUUGCCCAUAUAAUAGAGCAAAGAACUGACGUUGGGGUAUUUCACUGUAGUUCUUCCAGAGGUUUCCUCCUUUUCAGGCCAAUAUGUCUGCAGACAAACCUAAGGUAUACCAGGGCGUGCGUGUGAAGACCACCGUUAAGGAGUUACUGCAGAAGCACAGAGCCCUGCAGGCACAGAAAACCGCAACGAAGUCGCAAGCCGUUGCUGCCCGCGAUGCCUGCUCCACGACCACGAACACCCACCUAGAUGUCUUUGGAAUGCAAGCUCCAGAGCCCUAUUUCCAGACACGUGCCUUUACCGAAAAUGUCAACAUCCCGAUGGAGAAUGCUUACGAUCAUCAGCAGAUGAUGCACAUGAUGCCACCCGAGACUUUCAGCGGCGGCAAUUUCGUGUGUGCCACCUCCGCGCAGUGGUCUAACGGAUAUCUACCUUCUAACGCGGACCUCUAUGGCAGCAGCCUGGUUUCGAGAUCGCCCUCGGACUCCUUCAAUCUCCCCAGCCCCGUCGACUACAACAGCUACUCUCCCCCUCAGUCCAACUCCUCGUCUUCUUCGUGCUACAGCUCCCCAACGCGGAUGGAUUUGAGCUCCAGUUUCUCUCCAGAAAGCUACCACUAUCAGCAUUGCAGCCUGCAGCACUGCUUUUGUCUGUCGCACUGGUCCAGCGCGCAGGAAGGCAUGGCAACCUCGGAGUUUGCGCCCUACGGCUCAUCAGACUGUUUGUACUCGUAUGGCGACGACAGCUAUUUCAGGAGGGAUACUUCGAGUUCAGAGAUGUGUUACUUGUAAAAUGCAUUUUGAAGCACUUUGCGCGAACAUCCAGUGUCAUAACUGAUCCAUUCGUAUGAUUUUGUUGUUGUUGUAUUUUGGUUUUAGAUAAAAGAACAAGCAGAGGUAGAUGCACGAUCGGGCUUAGUUUAGAAGAGUAGUUUAAGCAAAAAAAAAGUUGAUUGCAGAGAGUUAAAUACUGUAUGUGUGAGUGUAAUUUACAAAUUAUUCAUUUAUCUUUUUUACAAUAAACAUAUUUUUCGUA